CAUACAUUGUCUACAAUGUGGCAUAAAGGGAAGGGAAAGAGGCACUAUCGCCCUUCUCCGGGCACCCCUGAAAAUAAUAGCAGCAACCAAACUGGCAGCAAUAAUGACAAUAUUAACAAUAGUAAUAAAAACAGUAGCAGCAGCAGCAGCAGCAGCGGCAAUAAUGCAGAAAGAAGUCGACCUCAUUCAAAGCAUGGGGUCAUGAGCAGUGAUCUGUCCAUGAAUUCUAGUAGUGCAAAGAAACGAGCAAGGAAAAACAACGAUUAUGGCAAAUAUCAUCGCCAACAACUGUAUCAUAGUCAGGCUAAUAGUAAUCAUAACAACCAUAACAACCAUAACAACAGUGAGCAGACAUCUUCAACAGCGCCUGCAUCUGAAUCAACGGCGGCUGUCAGAGAAAUCCCAGGAUUUUACUAUGACCCUGAAAAGAAAAAGUACUUCAAGAUCACAGCAAACCAUGUUUUUGGUAGCCAACAUCCAUUUAGUCAGCAAAGCAUCAAAGAGAAGACAAUACAAAAACCAGUACUUGAUCCAAUUCGAAAGCCAAUAUUUAAGAGGUUCCAGUCAUCAGCCUCAAUCUUUUAUCAAUAUGGUCGUCUUGACCGGUUCUUGUGCGAUCGUGAACUGGGAAAAGCAGGCAAUCCGCGGAGACAACUUUGUGAAGUGCACUCUAUAUUAGCAAGACAGUGGCGAAAGGAACAUCAGGCGAUAUGGACCCCUGUACCGGACGUGAGAUACACGCAAUUACAACUGGAUGAGACGCGCCAGGACCUGUACUUGGGUACAUCUCAAGGGCAGCUUUGGCGAUACUCUAUCGAGACAUCGCGAAUACUUAAUAACCCUCAAUGGGAGAUGAUUAGCCCCGGUGAUUCGUCCGAACUGACGUCUUUCCAUUUAACUCCGGAUGACUAUAUAGUGACGACACAUUUGGGAUACAUGGAGCGAUCGGGGACAUUAAAAAUCUACAAGAUAUCUCGAAACAAUAACAAUGACGGCGACGUUAGCGACACAUGGCGCUCCCUGAAUUUUGCUGCGGGAUUCACCCCUCGGAAAUCCAACGUUCGAGCUAGUGAUGUAGCCGGCAACAAGAUAGUCAUCAGCUUGGAUCAACAAAUCUAUCAUUUGGAGGGAGGGUGGAAAGCAGAAGCAAGGCCGAUGGUCGGACAUUAUCUUUGGACGGGUAGCGAUGUAUUUUCUAUUGUAAUUGAUCCACCAGAGAGACGGAAUCUUGUAUAUGCAGGGUGCAGGAAUGGGGCUGUCCGGGUCUUCGAUUUGAACCGGCCUGGACUUUUUUCCUCUGCUAAGGAGGCUAACAAAGUGAAGCGAACUGUGUCGUUAUGGACAGGGAUUGGACAUGAGGAUUCGUCGGUUCAUUCGAUGAAGCGCCUUUCAGACUACCAACUGGUCACAGCUGCCAUGAACGGAGAGAUGUUUAUGUGGGACACUCGUUUUAUUACAGGUUCAAAAGUAAAAGAGAGAGCAAGAGCAGACACGUUUGCCAAACCGAUGUUUGAGUUUCGUGGCCCGAUAGUCAAUCAUUUCUCAAAGACACCGAUUGAUCUCAAUAAGGAAGGAACGCUUUUGGCUUCAGGGAAUAUCAAUGGUCAGUUGUCUCUAUGGUCGACAAGUACAGGCGAAAGGGUACGGGACCUCGAUGUUGGCGGGCAGGUUGAAAGUCUAAAGUUUUCGACGAAGCAGCCAGGAAUCUGGACGGCUGUUGGUGAUCAGUUACAGCAUUGGAGUUUAAACACAUGAUCUUGUAACGAUGUGGC